UUACAUGUUUUUAGUCUAGGGCUCUUAGCAAGAUUUUCCUAACCCUCUCAGCUCUCUGUUUUCUCUGGCUCCUUUUUUUCAUUAUCCAACAGCAUACUUUCCCUUGACUUUUUUUUUUUUCUUUCAGUGUGACGUGUGAGUGGAGUUCCUACCCUUGUUUCAUGCAGAACAGUUUGGAAGGAAGGAGAGGGAAUCAUGGAGAGGCAGUGAUUUACUUUGACCUGUCAUGGGCAAGAUGAAUUGAAGGUACAAACAAGAGGAGCUGCUUGUGUUUUGGCCUGAGUGCGUGUGCGCAGGGGAGUUAGAUAAAGAGGAGGAAAGACGUGAAGGAGGAGACACCGAGGCAGAGAGAAAUCGAGAAAGUGACCGAGGGGUAAGACGUAAAGUUGCAUAAUAUUGUUGCCCACGGGCAAAGGUGGAUGAGAAGCUACGUUUAAGAAGUCUGUCUGACACGGGAGGAGGAGCACCAGUCUGAAGGGGAAACCACCAGUUCAGCCUUCUUCCAGCAACAACAGGACAGGAUGAGGUACCAAGCCAGGGAGGUGGACAUUGAAGGAAGAGUGCGCCUGGUGAUGGAGAGUGCCCUGACCGCCCGGGACAGGGUCGGGGUGCAGGACUUUGUCUUGCUGGAAAACUACAACAGCGAGGCGGCCUUCAUAGAGAACCUGCGGCGGCGCUUCAGAGAAAACCUCAUUUAUACGUAUAUUGGCUCGGUGUUGGUGUCGGUGAACCCUUACAAAGAACUGGAGAUUUACUCCAAGCCGCAGAUGGAUCGUUACAGAGGGGUCAGCUUCUACGAAAUAUCACCUCACAUCUACGCCUUGUCAGACAACACUUACCGGGCCAUGCGGACCGAGAGAAAAGACCAGUGUAUACUCAUAUCAGGCGAAAGUGGAGCAGGUAAAACAGAGGCCUCCAAGAAGAUCCUCCUGUACUACGCUGUCACCUGCCCCACUAAUGAUCGCAUGGCCGCACUUGGUGACCGCCUACUGCAGUCAAACCCUGUUCUGGAGGCAUUUGGCAACGCAAAAACACUAAGGAAUGACAACUCCAGCCGCUUUGGGAAAUACAUGGAUGUCCAGUUUGACUUUAGGGGGGCACCGGUGGGUGGUCACAUCCUGAACUAUCUGCUGGAGAAAUCUCGCGUAGUACACCAGAACCACGGUGAGAGAAACUUUCACAUCUUCUAUCAGCUUCUGGAUGGAGGAGAUGAUGACCUGCUCAACACACUGAACCUGGAAAGAAACCCCCAGAACUACCGCUAUCUGGUUAAGGGCAAUUGUCCUAGAGUCAGCUCCAUAAGUGACAAGAAUAAUUGGAAGGUUGUGAUGAAGGCCCUGCCUGUCAUUGGCUUCACAGAAGAAGAAGUGCAGAAAUUGCUGAAUAUCAUCGCCAGUGUUCUCCAUCUGGGAAACACUCAAUUUGGGGAAGCAGAGGAAGGAGAAACUUAUAUCACCACUGAGAUUUCUAAUCUUGCAAAGCUGCUGGGUGUUGAUGGCUCAGCCCUUAGGGAGGCACUCACUCACAAGAAACUCACUGCCAAAGGAGAGGAGAUGAUCACCCCGCUAAAUUUUGAGCAAGCAGAGUCUGCCCGUGAUGCCUUAGCCAAGACUGUGUAUGGUCGCGCCUUCACGUGGUUGGUGGAGAAGAUCAACCAGUCACUGGCUCUGAAGGAUGAAAUCUACCACAGCAGCAAAGGCUCCUCAGUUAUAGGGCUUCUAGACAUCUAUGGCUUUGAGGUCCUACAGCACAAUAGUUUUGAGCAGUUCUGCAUCAACUACUGCAAUGAGAAACUCCAGCAGCUGUUUAUUGAGCUCACCCUCAGAUCUGAGCAGGAAGAGUACGAGACAGAAGGAAUUGCAUGGGAACCUGUGCAAUACUUUGACAACAAGAUCAUUUGUGACCUGAUAGAGGAGAAGCACAAAGGCAUCAUCUCCAUUCUGGAUGAGGAGUGCCUACGGCCUGGAGAGACUUGUGAUGUCUCCUUUUUAGAGAAAUUGGAGGGCACAGUGGGUGGCCAUCCCCAUUUUGUCACGCACAAGCUGGCAAAUGGAAAAACUCGUAGGGUAAUGAGUAGGGAGGAGUUUAGACUGCUGCAUUAUGCCGGAGAGGUCAACUACAAUGUCACUGGUUUCCUAGACAAGAACAAUGACUUGCUGAACAGGAACCUGAAAGAGGUCAUGUGCCAGUCAGACAACCAGAUCCUAAGUCACUGCUUCCGCAGAGAGGAAGUCAUUGACCAGAAACGCCCAGAGAUGGCUGCCACUCAGUUCAAAAACAGCCUGAUGAAACUGAUGGAAAUCCUCAGGUCUAAAGAGCCAUCCUACGUGCGCUGUAUCAAACCUAAUGAUGCCAAGCAGCCAGGAAAGUUUGAUGAAGUUCUGGUCAGACACCAGGUCAAGUACCUGGGCCUGAUGGAAAACCUGAGGGUCAGGAGAGCUGGCUUUGCUUAUCGUCGUCGCUUUGAAGCCUUCCUGCAGCGGUACAAGCCCCUGUGUCCUGAGACGUGGCCCAACUGGCAUGGCAGACUUGUAGAUGGAGUCUUGACACUGGUUAAGCACCUGGGAUACAAAGACGAAGAGUACAAACUGGGGAGAUCAAAAAUCUUCAUCCGUUUCCCAAAAACUCUCUUCACUACUGAAGAUGCACUAGAAGCAAAAAAGCCAGAGAUAGCACUGACCCUGCAGACAUCAUGGAGAGGCUACAGAGAGAGAUCCAAGUACCAGCGCAUCAGACGUGCAGUGAUAGUGAUCCAGUCAGGGUGGCGAGGGAUGAAAGCACGCAGGAGAGCUAAAAGGCGUCGCCAGGCCGCUGACUUAAUUCGCAGGUUCAUAAAGGGCUUCAUCUACCGUCACGGGGAAUACGGCCCUGAGAAUGAUUACUUCCUGGAUCAUGUGCGCUACUCCUUCCUGAAAAAUCUACGCAAAAACCUGCCCAAGAGUGUUUUGGACAAAUCCUGGCCAACACCUCCUCCGUCCCUCGUUGAGGCAUCUGAGCACCUGCAGAGGCUGCACAUGCGGAACAUGGUCACAAAGUAUUGCAGGAGGGUCCAGCCUGAAUGGAAGAAGCAGAUGAUGCAGAAGGUUGCAGCCAGUGAGAUCUUCAAGGAUCAGAAAGACAGCUACCCUCAAAGUGUUGGAAGACUGUUUUUGGACUCCAGGCUUGAACGUGAGCAAAUCAAUCUCAAAGUUGUCCAGACUCUCGGCAAUGACAAAGUGCAGUAUGGUGUUUCAGUCACAAAGUAUGACAGGAGGGGUUUCAAGCCUCGCAGUCGCCAGCUGCUCCUCACUAACACCUUUGCUGUGUUGGUGGAUAAAACCAAGAUCAAGCAGAGGAUUGACUACACAGCUCUGAGAGGUAUCUCUUUGAGCUCUCUCAGCGAUGGGAUGUGUGUUCUCCACAUGCCCACUGAGGAUAAUAAACAGAAGGGCGAUCUGUUGCUGCUCUGCAGCCAUGUGAUCGAGCUGGUGACAAAACUAGCCAUGAUGGCCAACAAGACCAGCUACGUCAAUAUCAACCCCGGCAGCAUCCGGUUUGCUGUGGCUCGAGGGAAGGAAGGAAUAAUUGAUUUUGUGAGGGGUACAGAGCUGAAAGUGACCAAAGGCAAACGAGGACAUUUGCUAGUGACUGCCCCUCGGAUCAACACCACGUGAAGGAACAGAAAACAGCCACCAGCUAACUGGAGGAUUACUUUGCAACUGACAGAAUGAAACCACAAAAUACAAAACAUACCCAACAGAGUGCUUAUUCAUAUACUGUACGUCUUCAUUAUGACAAGGAUAUCUUCAGUGUUGCAUUAAGUAUUGAUAACCAAGGAUGAAAACCAAAACAUGAAGUCACCACCGUUUCAAAUGCUCUAUUUCUUUAUUGUUAAAAAAACACAAAAAUAUUUAUCAAAUAUAAAAUGUCUUCUGUAAAACACUGUAUCUCUAUAUUCCAUAAUUAAAACA